AGCGCCCGUCAGGGGCGGGGACUGACGUCCGGCAGCGCUUCAGGCUCGGGCGAGCCUCGUGUUGUCUUCUCCCCCUUUUUCUCCAGGCUGAUGGGCCGGCCCGGGAGGGGGCGGGGCCGGCAGGUGCCUUCAUGAAUAACUUAAACGAGCCUCCCAACUGGAACAUCCUGCCCAAUCGGCGCGGUCCCGGCGAUGACGGCAGCCGCUGGAAUUACGCCCUGCUGGUCCCCAUGCUGGGCCUGGCCGCCUUCCGUUGGAUCUGGACCAGAGAAUGUCAGAAAGAAAUAGAAAAAGAAAGACAAGAAUACUACAGAAAAGAGUCAACUUUACAAAAAGACCUGGAAGGCAAAUACCGGGAUAUAAUCACGGAGAAUCGUCGCGCUGUUGCUCAUCUGGAGGUGGAGCUGGAAAAGGAACGCAACAGGACCCUGAGUUACCGUGAAGCCCUCGUGUCCCAGAGCCGCAAACUAGUAGAAGAGAGGAAGCUGCUAGAACAGGAGCAGGAGAAGUUGGAGCGAGAAAAACAAGUCCUUUUGCAGUCUGGAGCAGAAGGUACCUUGUACCAGAGUUGCCUGGCAAAGGAAGAAGAGUGGCAACAGAGAGCCAAUGUUUUACUAAAAGAAUUUGAAGAGGGACUGAAGGAAAGACAGGACAUCUACUGCAGUCUUAUUGUACCCAGAAGUCAGAGACUAGAAAUAGAGAAAAAUCUGCUAGUUAAAGCAGCAACUAAUCCUGUUGCUAUGGCUUUACAUGUGGAGAGUGGCUUAAAAGAUAUUUUCAAACAUGAUAACUACUGUGGCAACGUGCUGAACAGAACCAGAAGUCAAAAUGGAAAGCUUAUGUGGCUGUAUCUGAGAUACUGGGAACUAGCUGUUGAACUGCAAAAAUACAAGAAGGUAGAAAAGGCCAUGUUAGGAAAACACUAAGUAGGGGAAGCAGUGGGAUUCCGCACGAUACACUGUGCGUGGUAGGGGACAAUCACAGUUGUAGUCCAAAGCUGUUAAAUCCUUCUGCUUCUGUGUUGCUGCCUCUCUUCCUCCUUGCACUUGUAUUUGCAUGGGACAUGUGCAGUGCUGGUGCCUUUCCUCACACUAACAGCAGAUGCUCUGGUGAGCUGUGUAUGCUCCUAAACUCCGUGAGUGUGUUUGUGUUGCAAUAUAGAGAUAUGCCAACUCCCCAGGUAUCAGAAGCAGCAAAACAGAACUCAGGUUUAGAGGGAUUUGCCUCGUUGAUGGUCACACUCCAGCAACAGAGAAGGGUCAUUUGUCUCCCCCAGGUGCAGUAGCACAUUGUGCUCCUUAUCCCUGACAUUUUACAUGGUAUCUCAACACUGUCUUUUAUUAUUACUAUUGUUUUUUUAAAAAUUUGUCUAAGCAAGACUGAUUUUGAGGCAGAUGUUUGAGAGAGAUGGUGUUGGAGCCAGCUGCUUGACACAUGAAUCUUACGUGUCUGUAUGUACAAUUACAUAAAUAUAUAUAUGUGUGUAAGUGUAUGUGUUAGUAUUUCUGAGGGGGAAAUAGUUUGAUCCUGUUUCGGAUUAGUCAGUCUUGCAUUGUCUUCCAGUUUAAUAUACAAAUAAUGCUUUAUGAAUGAAACAUCCAAAAGAUGCUAAUUCAAAUAAUGUAUAAAGGAACAGACAGAUGUCCCAUUGGCACUUGGGAUCCAUUCUCAGAUUCUAGAGAGUGUAUAACCUGGAAGUUAUAUUCUCAUACAUUGGAGAUACCUUAAAAAUUCUUUUUUUUUUCUCAAUUGAGGUUUUAGUUGUAACCCAGUAAUGUGCCACCUUUAUGGAUGUCCCCAUGCUGCUGCUUCUGCCUUUCAGGGCACUGGCUGCCUCCUGGUUUGCUUGCAGUGACCUCCUUGCCAUUGCACCUGGCUCUGCUCCUUAGACAGGUCCUGUUUGUUGUUUGCAGACGGGAACCUAAAUGCAGCCUGCACUGGUAGCCACUACUCCCUCUCCACCUGUCCCCCAGAACUGAAGUACAUACUCUUUUCUGCAGCUCUGAAAUUCUGUGCUUGUGGUUCACCACUUUACAUACACAUGACCAUGAAGGCCUACAGAUUCACAAGCUUUGCACACUUCUAAGAAAGUUUUUUUUUUUAAUUUAGCUACUAAAAUAAAAUAGGUAAAAACAAAAAAUACUGUGAAAUAAUGCAGGAAAAUAAAAAGGUCCAGAUUUUAAAAAUUCAACAACAAACAAAUUUUAAAAACCCAGUGCAUUUCAGUUUCUUAGAACUUUGAGUAUACUUUUGGUCCUUUUAGCAGUAGGAGCCACCUUUCUUUCAAUUGUGCCAUGUAUUUAAAAUAAUAACUUUGUUCUUCCCCCCUUCUAAUCAAGCCUUAGACCUCAAAGAGACAGUGUUUACCCUUUCAUUUAUAACAUUUAGUCUCCUCUGUUACUUGACUGAUUAGUGCUGGUAGGUUGUCAGUUGGUUAAUUAGCAGUUUAUUAUCUGCCGAGGGUUAGACUUGACAAACGCGUUUGCUCUAGGCAAUCAUGUAGAACCAUGGCUUGGAAGCAAUCCAAGCUAAGUUUAUGCCCAUCUUCCUGCAGAUGUGGGGCUUUUCUCUUACUGUUUUCUCCUGGUUUCAUUUUAGUCUGAGCUCAGAAGAUAGCAGAUAAAUCUUUUGAAACAAUGUGUGCAACGUAAUCCAGUUACUAAGCAAAAAUAGUUAACAUGGAACAAAAUUCCUGAGCAGAACAGAUGUUUCCCAACUACUUGGUUUUCCAGUUGAGAUUUUGCUCACCUUGGUAGUACUAAUUGCACUGUUUUGUUGACUUAUUAAUCCUUUUUCUACACUGACUUUUUAAAUUAAGUUUUAGUAUACAAACUUGGAGAAAAAGAGCACAAACACCAGAAGAGCCACAGUUUGUCUGGGUGCCAGGCAUAUGUGGGUUGGGAGAUGAGAACACAGCUGAGUUGCUACUCAUGUGUGACACCCUGAGCCAAGCUGCUGCAGCUGGACAUAGGCACACAGUCUAAUUGCCCAGGAGAACAAAUUAGUUUGAAUAACAGCCUGUGUGUAAUUCCUUCAGGAUGUGAAAAGUGACUGUCCAGCUGUGGCACGCUUCAUAGAUUCCUGCAGGCAGUUAAGCCACUCAGCUGACUAAGAGUGAAUCAGUGCCAGUGUAAUUGAGAUUCAUGCCUUGAAUUUGUACAAGUUAGCCUUAAAAGAUCAAAGGUUUUAUGCUUUUUCAUUUUUUCCUAGUUUGUCAUUCAUAUCACUCAAAAUGUUUAAAAAAAUAUAAUCAAAGGUAAAAUACUAUUUUUUCAGUAGGAAUAUGUAUAUUCAAGCCUUACACCCUUGAAUGUACAGGAUGCAAUGGAUGCAAUGUAGUAAAGGUUUGGUAUUCACUUUCUCUUUUUUAGAAGUGUUAUUUGUACAACUAAUUGAACUAGUGGUCGUGGACACUUUGAAGAUCAUUGUAUCAAGACAGAAGAGUUGUUUCAGAAGGCUUUUAAAAAGUGUGUAACUGAUUUAGAAGCACUGGCCCCAUCGGUUUCUACCAAAACUCAUGUUUGUGGAUAUGCAAUGUAUUUUUGAAAUGUUCCCCCUUUGUAGGUUGUUACGCUGAAAAUUCUAAUGUAAGUUUUAUCUUGCCCCACACUUGUUCUGAACUGGUUAAUUGUUUGGAACUGCCCAUAUACAUAUGUAGAAUGCAAGAAUAAUUUGUUUUCAAAGUAUUUAAUGAACUUUUUAUUAUAAAAUUGUCACUUACCUGUUAAACAAUAACAAUUAAUAAAAACCUUACAUAUUUC